AUAGGCUAACUUACUUUGUUAGUGAACACUACACGCGCGCGACUGAAGAGGUUUUUGCUGAGCUCUCGUGCUCUGCAGCGCUUCCGUGAACACUCCGUGUCUGUCAUUCACUGGAGUUGAUUUUGCUGUGUUGAAUUUAACCAGACUCUCAAGGAAGAUCGCGCUGCCGGACUUUCAGCUCGUCAGCAUGGCAUCAAAGUCCGAACUUAAGAACAAUCUGCAUGACCUUCAUCUGGAGGAUAAAGGGCAGCAGCAUCGCAACCCUUCAGAGGUGAAGAUGAGCCAGAUAGUGCUGCCCUGCCAUGCCAACCACUGCGGAGAACUGAGCAUCGGACAGCUGCUCAAAUGGAUGGACUGCACAGCAUGUCUGUCUGCGGAGAGACACGCUGGAUGCCUCUGUGUGACAGCUUCUGUUGAUGACAUCUACUUCGAGCACACCAUCGGUGUUGGACAAGUGGUUAACAUUAAAGCCAAAGUCAACAGGGCCUUCAACUCAAGCAUGGAGGUGGGGAUAGAAGUCAUCUGUGAGGACCUGUACAGUGGCCGUCAUUGGAGAGUGUGUCAGGCAUUUGCCACAUUCGUCGCCAGACGCACAGAUGCAAACAAGGCGCAGCUGAAGCAGGUUGUGCCCUGCACACACCAAGAGCAGGUGGAGCACAGUUUAGCAGCUGAGAGAAGGAGGAUGAGACUCAUUCACCAUGACACCAUGCAGGACUUGCUCAACAAUAAGACCUUCCAGAGAAGUAUCAGUGAGGAGAACCGUGUUGAAGAUGAGGCUGUGCCGACAGAAAAGACACAAGUGGAAAGUGUCGAGCUGGUUCUUCCUACUCAUGCCAAUCACCAGGUCAACACAUUCGGAGGUCAGAUUAUGGCCUGGAUGGAAAAUGUCGCUACUAUUGCAGCCAGUCGUUUAUGCAAUGCUCAUCCUACUCUGAAGACCAUAGACAUGUUUCACUUCAGAGGCCCGUCCCAGGUUGGAGAUCGUUUGGUUCUGAAAGCCAUUGUCAAUAACACAUUCAAGAACAGUAUGGAGGUAGGCGUGUGUGCAGAAGCCUAUCAUGGAGAGGAACCUCUGAGGCACAUUAACAGCGCAUUCAUGAUGUUUGAGGUGCUGGAUGAGAAAGGAAGGCCACGUCCAUUGCCUCCCAUAAAACCGGAACCUCAGGAGGGACAGAGGAGAUACCAGGAGGCUCUUGCCAGGAAGAAGAUUCGACUUGAUAGGAAGUACAUCAUCUCAUGUAAGCAGACGGAAGUGCCACUGUCUGUCCCAUGGGACCCUAGUAACCAGGUGUAUCUGAGCUACAAUAAUGUGUCAGCCCUGAAAAUGCUUGCAGCCAAAAUCAACUGGGAACUCAGCUCAAAGAAGGGUCAUGUGAGUCUGUAUACAGUGGAGGAGAGUCAGAGUCUGUGUUUCAGGGUGGAGUUUGAGAUGGAUGUCCCAGCACAAAGGGCCUUCACCCUCCUCUCAGAUAUCAGCCGCAGACAGGAAUGGGACGAACACUACACUCUGUGUGAGCCGCUCAUUCGGGUCAAUGAGGAUGAUUUCAUCUAUAGAGUUGUUACUCCUUCGGUCGGUGAAGGAGGAAAAGUUCAGGACUUCAUUUUACUGGCCUCUAGAAGACCGCCUUGUGAUAGCGGGGAUCCGUAUGUUAUUGCCCUACGAUCAGUCGCUCUACCCACUCAUCCACCCACAGAGGGGUUCAACAGGGGUGAGGUGGUCUGUGCUGGGUUCACCAUUUAUGAGGUGUCGAAAAGUGUCUCAAAGAUUUCCUACUAUAAUCAGGCCAGUCCAGAAGUGAUGCCGUACAUCUCCACUGACAUCGCAGGCCUCUCAUCCACUUUCUACUCAAAUUUCUGUGCAUGCAGCCAGUAUCUGCUGGACAACAUAGUCAGCACACCUGCAUUCACCCCUUCUACAUUAUGACCUGCUGCUGCUGCUAGGCUCAACUUAUCAUGAAAUGUUUAUGCUUUUAAAGGGGCCAGAUCCAAUGCUUUUGCAGCAUUUUAUUCUUUUUCCCUCUUAAAU